AUGCUAAAGACUUUGGACUCCUACUUCCAGACUAGGAAAGAAACACCACUUGCCAAUGCUGCGUUUUGGGCUGCAAGAAAAGGAAACCUGGCUCUUCUCCAGCUACUGCUGAACAGUGGGCGAGUAGAUGUGGACUGCAAAGACAGUCUUGGCACGACAGCUCUGAUGGUAGCAUCUUACUAUGGCCACAUAGAUUGUGUACGGGAAUUGGUGUUGCAAGGAGCAGAUAUCAAUCUGCAGAGAGAGUCAGGUGCAACUUCUCUGUUCUUUGCUGCACAGCAAGGCCACAACGAUGUAGUGAAGUUUCUCUUUGAAUUUGGAGCCUCCACUGAAUUUAAGAAUAAAGAUGGAGGUACUGCUCUUCUAGCUGCUUGUCAGUACGGGCAUGCAAAAGUAGUAGAAACUCUGCUGAAGCAUGGUGCCAACAUUCACGACCAACUUUAUGAUGGAGCUUCUGCAAUUUUCCUGGCAGCACAGGGAGGCUAUCUGGAUGUCAUCCGAUUGCUGCUUUCUUCAGGAGCUAAGGUUAACCAGCCACGGCAGGAUGGGACGGCUCCCUUGUGGAUUGCGUCGCAGAUGGGUCACAGUGAAGUGGUGCGAGUAAUGCUGCUCCGGGGAGCUGAGCGAGAUGCCGCGCGGGACGACGGUACAACUGCUUUACUGAAGGCUGCCAUUAAAGGGUACAACAAUGUGAUAGAAGAGUUGCUGAAAUUCUCUCCCACGCUUGGCCUGCUGAAGAAUGGGACCUCUGCUCUCCACGCGGCCGUCCUGAGUGGCAACGUGAGGACAGUGGCGCUGCUCCUCGAAGCAGGAGCGGACCCAUGCCUGAGGAACAAGGCAAAUGAACUGCCAGCAGAACUAACAAAAAAUGAACGCAUCCUCCGACUCCUACGCAUGAAGGAAAAGCAAAGGAAAAGCUAAUCCAGCCCUGUAGCAAAUGCAGUUUGACAGAGAUGCAUCCUGACCACAGUAGCAUGACAGUAAACAUAGGUUGCCCGAGAAGGGCUUGUUGGAACAGUCUGCAGAACUGAUUCGCCUCUCCAGUACAUGCUCCCUGAACACAAGAGCCUUGCUACGGGGUGGCCAUGGGCUAGGGCCUCAGCCUGGCAUCUCUGAACGCAGGACUGCAACGAGAGCAGCAUUUGGCCCAGAAGCUGUGUUUGCACUGCAGCCCUGCCUGUACCCCAAGAUCCCACCGGUCCCAGCACAGACAUUUGCUCCUCCAUGCCUGCAGCGUAUGUAUCCCUGUGCGUGCAAGCGCUCCUGCCACUUCAGACAGGUGUCCCCAUGCUGACACGGGCACACGUGUGGGUUGGGAGCACUCUGCCUUUGUGCCAAAAUGACACCCACACCUCACAGCUGUUUGGAUACAGUUGGUUCUGGAGUAGUCCCAUGGUGCUCCUGCCCUCCCUUUGCUGGCAGUGCUAGCUCAGACCAUUCCUCUCUACCUCCAAGCGCUGCAUGGGGCUAGAGAUAAGAUCCCACCUGCGACAUCCCAACAGGGAAAGUCCUCCUGCCAGCCCAGGGCUAUGGUAACAUUUUGGCUACUACAUGAAGCUCCACAGAAAUGAUCCAGAGCAUUACAAAUUAUGCCAAAAGCUACCGACUGAACAAUAAGCAAGGAGAUGUACUCCUCAGUUGCAGCAUCAUGAUCUGUCAAUCUGUCCAGCAACAGAAACACAGUGGAGCAGUUGAUAGCAUUUUGCAAAUGCGUACACAGUGCUGUGUGGAUCCAUCCCCAACUCUACAGCCUACGGACAUGCAUUUUGCUGCGUAGGGGAGGACCAGUGACAGAGCAAACCAAUCAGGGCAUAUAAUUCACUGGAGCCAAGUACAUCAGAAAUUUAGCUGUUGGGCACAACAGCACAGAUGCUAUACAAGUGGUAUACAUAUGUUCUGCACAUUCAUAUAUGUGACACUCUGGUUUAGUAUCCACAGUUACUAUGCAAUGCACUUGUUCCCCAAGUCUGUGACAGGAGUUAAGGGAGAAGUGUGCAGUGUACAGGUGUUUCAGCAGCUGGUGAGAGGGUUAUGUGUAGCCACACUUGAACAGGCCCACUAAUUAAUGCAGGCAUGGAAAACGAACUCUCAACAGCAAUUUUGGCCUUUGUUGUGGUUGAGACACUUAGACAUACUACUAGUGCCUGUGUGGGGAAGGCAGUGCAAAUUGUAGACGGUUUGUGAAGAGUUUUAAACCACAUUGCUGUAAAACACUCCAUUUAAACCCAGUCAUUUUUGCAAACAGUAUAUAUUGUAAACAGUAUAUACUACGUCCCAUUAUCCACAAGAACAUUAGAGGUUAUUUUACAGUGAGUUGAGGUAUAAAGUUAAUUCAGUACAUAAAUCCAAGCACUUCACCUGCCUUCAAACCUUGGCAAAUAACUGAAAAAUAGCUUUAAAAGUUGAAGACAGAGAAGAUUGUAAGGAAACAAAACAUUCCCUGAUUUAAAAAUGUCAACCUAGGAUUCAGCUGAACUGUUUGCUUCAGUGAGUUAAAAAAAAUCUUUUAGUGAGCUAGCGUAAAUGAAUGUAGUUUACUUAGUGCAAAUUAGCCAUAUAUAUUACCAAAUCAUAAAGGUUUUUUUUUUUGUGGGUAAGGUAAGUAAGAAGUCAGGGUUCUGGUGAAGAGAACAGGAGUGGGCGUACCUUUGCUUGCAAGCUGGAAUUGCUAUUCAGUUUCUAUUCAGCAUUACAAAGAAAAGCUUUAAGUUUUCCAACGAUGUAAGAAGACACCAGAAAAAUAUAUUUGUUUAGGUAAUCCAUGCUGCUGUAUUUUUAAAUUAAAAUAAUGUUGUGCCUAACAGAAACUUGCAGACGAACUGGUACAGAACCAAAGAAUUAUGCAAGAUGCUUAGAGGAUAGUUGUAUCCGUGGUUAAGUUCCACAAAGGACUAAAAAAUACCGAGCAUGCAGAAAUCUCAAGAGCCUUAUUUGGAACUUAAGUUACACAGCAUUACAUGGGUCUGGACUUUAAUUUCUUUAACAAGCAACGCUGGAGAGGACAGGUUUAUUUGGAGCCCUCAGUGGGUCUAAGAUGAACAUACUGUUUUGGAGAACGCUAGAGGGACUCUAGGCAGCCUGGCUUCAAUAUUGAUCUUUCUCCCUAAAGUUUCUUCUGAUCGACAGCUGUGACAACCACAUUCUUAAGAUGAAAGCCCUUUCACAGUUGUAAAGGAAAAGGAUAAUCACUGGAAAGUCUUCAGUAGUCAUAUUGGUUGAACAAUAAAUACUCUUAAUAUCAGACAGUCUGUGAUGAUCAAGCACUCUUCCUAAAAAAUGUGGAAGCAUCCACUGUUGGUAAGAAUCUCCUGUUUUUUCCUGACAGCAGAGCAUAGGAGAGAGGACAGGGCAAGCCAACAGUGGCUCUGUGACAGCUGAAGUAAGCAAGCUGAGACAACAGCAUAGGGGUGUCCAGUAUCUGCAGGUGGCCUUUCCUUUCUGACAUGUAUUUUCUUUGUGAGAGUGGUCUCACCCCAAAGCGGGCAGCCGCUCAGCAAAGAGCUGCUUUUUGAACUCUGCCUGUCCAUGGGAAGAUGUGUGUCUGCUCCCCACCACUCAGAGUUGGACAUUCCAGGUUGUGUGCCCAGCUGCCUCUGUGACUGGCCACGGUAGCCAGGGCUCUCAUGCAACAAGUGAAAAACACCUUAGGAUGCUGCGUCCCAUACGGAGCAUCUGCUGAUCUUCUGAGAGGAUGCAGUUACCAGGUCCUCUUUUUUUGAGUGAUAUUGGGCUAUAACAGGCUUUUCUUAUUCCUAAACAAAAUCUGAAAUGUGGGGCUAGCACAGGUUGAAGGGAGAGGCUUAUAACUCCCUCCUCGCUCUCAUUAGUGCUGGCUGAUACAGCACACAAGCUCUGUGUGGGGGGCUCCAUGGUAAAAAACUGGCAGUGAAGUCUUUCUCCACCCCGUUCAGGCAGAAGUUGGAUCUAACUUCAGCAAAGACACUAUUCAGCCAACACAAGAUUUUUAGGCAUGGAAACCUUCAAUUGGAAGUAUCUGUUCCAUCUCAGAGCCUUUGGAGAGAGGGCUGGUUUUAGUUUUGGGUUCCCUGUAACCAAAAGGUGCUUAUUCUGACUGUAGAUGGGCUUGAAAGUUGCAAUACCUUUUCUCACCAUGCAAUUAACCUUUUCGCAAAGAAACCUUAAUAAUUCUUAUUAUUUAUGUAGCUGCUGUUAUCUUUAAAGUUCUCGGUAAAUACUGAUGUGGUUUGUUUGUUGUUCUAAAACAGAAACAUGCUUUCCCUUUGUGGCUGAAGUGGUUCACUAAUAUUGACAGUAGUUCUUUGCAUAGUUGUCAUGCCUCUUGUGCAAGGCUUUCAAAGUGUUCGCAGAUGCUACUGCCUUUGUAAGUUUCAAAAUUCAUUGCUGGGGGAGACAGGGAAAUAGAUGGUUUCAUUCACACACCAGUGAAAGCAGCAGCUGUUCAUCAGUUUGUGUCAAUAGACAAGAGUAAAUUUAGACUAGAAAUUAAGGGGCACCAAAUCCAUUUCAUAGGUGGUAGGAUGAAGGUAGGUACCAUAUAAUGAUGUGAAAUAGAACUGAGACAGGAUAACAGAACAAAUUGGUUUUUGGGUUGGGUUUUGGGGUUUCUUUCCCCCAAAAAGUGCCAUAUCUAUAUCCAUCUUAUACACUCAAAAAAUCAGCUCAACUAGCACGCUGCUUUUAGGCUUGCCUCUGCACAUUGAGAUCCAGGGACCCAGCUUGCUGUCCUCUCCACCUGGGAUUUAUGCAGGUGCUAUAGCCUGGUGACUUCCCAUCAGCUGCAAGGGAGUACAAAGGAUGCGCAACCCAAGAACAGGCUACACAAAUGAGUCAAGGAAAAGUAUAGGGCAUCUUUCUUUUAUUUCACUAAUAUCAAGCCCUUGUAGAUGGGGAUGAGCACAAGGAAAGGCUCAUGGGAUAUAAAGAGAAGUGGCACCCCAUCAGUAACAUGGUAGUGGUGUAGCCUCAGAGGUCCGGAAUACAUGGAGCUCUUAAAUUAAGACAAUCACUGCAGUGCAGCGUGCAGGGAAACCUAUUGAGUAAUGAUACAAAAGGCAACGUUGUACCUUCUGACUUGCACAUGCUGUUCUUCCCUUGGAGCGAAACCAUCUCACUAUUGAUCCACCCACCUUGUUUAGCUCAGAAGACCUGAGUGGAUUAGAGCACCAGUUCAAAGAGCUGCAGGUCAUAUUUAAUGCACUUUAACAACAAAGAUUAUUUGCCUCAGAGUCAGAGCCUAAUUGUAAGAAUAAUCCAGGCUUCUUUAUUCAGCCAGUCACGGUGACUAUUGGGAAAUCCGUAAGUAAAGCAAAUCUUGUGUUGUCUCAGAAAUUUCAGAAUUGUUGUAUAGAAAAUGAGGUAGCACAAACCCAGCCCACUUGUACUUCACUUAAUAUGAACACUGAAGAGACAUAAAAUACUGCCUUUGUCUGGAACCCUUGAGUCAGCAGUGUUAAAAUGUUAACAUUUGCCACGAGUCCAACCAAAGAUUAUAGACAAGGUUCUUUCUUCCAGCAAUGGCGUAUUGUACUGCACAUAUGGAACUAAAUGGAGUUGUGCCUUCUCACAGUGGCUCUGCAUUUGGUCCUUGGGAAUGUCACGAUAGUUUCAUACUUUUCUGAAUUCCACAGUUUAUUUUGACCUGCCCUUUCAUGCAUUUGAUAAAAUCUAUAUACAUUUAUGUAUCUCCGUGUAAGACUAAUAUUUUGCAACAGGAAUGUGGCUUUGCUAAAACACAUUCUUCUAUACCAUCAUUUCAAUAAAAAUUAAUA